CCCAAACCAAUAAAAAUAUCACAUUCCUGCUUUGUCACUUCAACAGGGAAGUAGGCAGGGUUUAAAAAGGCGUCCGCGGUAGUUGCCACAUUUAUUACUAGUUCAGUGUUUCUAAAGGCUGCGUCUGGUCGGGUUUGACAUCUUGUUGACGGACGUAAGUACCCAGCAGAAAGUCACCUGAUCAAACAGCAUUCAGAAGAGGAGCCACACAAACACCCCCUUCAGAAAAAAUGAGCAGCCUCCCGCUUUCUCGCUCCGAGGUGUUUGGAGAACUGAGGAAGGAGCUGCAUGAUGAUGAGGAGUUCCAUCAGUCAGACGUUCAUAUCUUCAUCAUCAUGGGCGCUUCAGGGGAUUUGGCUAAAAAGAAAAUCUAUCCAACUCUAUGGUGGUUGUUUAGAGAUGGCCUCCUUCCUGAGCAGACACAUUUUGUGGGCUUUGCUCGUUCUGACUUGACAGUCGAUUCCAUCCGGUCUUCUUGUCUGCCCUAUUUAAAGGUGAUGGAUACAGAAGCAGAGCGCCUGUCAGCCUUUUUCAGCAGAAACACGUAUAUCAGUGGCAAAUAUGGCGAUGAUGCUUCCUUCUCCAAACUCAACAAACACAUCCUGUCUCUGCCCGGGGGAGCCGAGGGAAAUCGUCUCUUCUACCUGGCCCUGCCGCCGACAGUCUACCAUGAUGUUACCAAGAACAUCAAGCAUCACUGUAUGAGCACAAAAGGCUGGAACAGAGUGAUUGUGGAGAAACCAUUUGGACAUGACCUGCAGAGCUCUGAAGAGCUGUCCACUCACCUCUCCUCCCUCUUCACUGAAGAUCAGAUCUACCGUAUAGAUCAUUACCUGGGCAAAGAAAUGGUGCAGAAUCUCAUGGUGCUCAGGUUUGGGAACCGAAUCUUUGGGCCAAUCUGGAACAGGGACAGUGUGGCUUGCGUUGUCCUCACUUUUAAGGAGCCGUUCGGCACUCAGGGACGAGGGGGCUACUUUGAUGACUUUGGCAUCAUUCGAGAUGUUAUGCAGAACCACUUGCUCCAGAUGCUCUGCCUAGUUGCAAUGGAGAAACCAGCUUCAACCAGCUCUGACGAUGUCAGAGAUGAAAAGGUUAAAGUACUGAAGUGCAUUGCUCCCGUGACUAUGUCAGAUGUGGUGCUGGGUCAGUAUGUUGGGGAUCAAGAAGGUGAAGGAGAGGCGAAACUGGGUUACCUUGAUGAUCCCACAGUGCCUAAAGGCUCAACUCAGGCUACGUUCGCCACCGCUGUGCUCUAUGUGCACAAUGAGCGCUGGGAUGGAGUUCCUUUCAUCCUUCGUUGUGGAAAAGCUCUGAAUGAGCGGAAAGCUGAGGUACGGCUGCAGUUUACGGAUGUCCCAGGGGACAUUUUUGGAGAUCAGUGUCGCAGGAAUGAGCUGGUGGUACGUGUGCAGCCUAACGAGGCUGUCUACGCCAAGAUGAUGAGCAAAAAGCCAGGCGUGUACUUCAGUCCUGAAGAAACUGAGUUGGAUCUUACUUACAAGAGUAGAUACAAGGAUGUGAAGCUUCCAGAUGCUUAUGAGCGCCUCAUUCUGGAUGUCUUCUGUGGAAGUCAGAUGCACUUUGUGCGCAGUGAUGAGCUAAGGGAGGCCUGGAGGAUCUUCACACCUCUUCUCCAUCAGAUUGAUAAGGAAAAGCCUAAACCUAUUCCUUACAAAUAUGGGAGUCGUGGCCCUACAGAAGCAGAUGACCUAUCAAAGAGAGUUGGGUUUCGCUAUGAAGGCACUUACAAAUGGGUCAAUCCUCUGUGAACUGGAAUGAGGUGUGGAGGCAUAAGUAGCAGCAACAUAGGAUGAGGGAUGCAGCUGGAUAUGUAGACUGUCAUGUCCCGAAACUGGACUAUCCACCAUGUGGAUCCAUUACAGCAGUAGGUAUAUUUGGAAAAAGAAAAUUCAGGUAGCAUAAUUAUUGAAACCAAAAAUAGUUUUAGUAGUUAUUUUCUUAUUUUAAAUAUUCCAAGUGGCUUUAUUUUAAUUUAGAGGUGGGACCAACUCUGUUACAGGGAAAACAAAAAUGGUCUCAUUGAGAAAAUUUUGGUCAACAAAUUAAUUGUGGCUCCAUUCCCAGGGACUCUCUUUUAAAAGUCUUAAAUGAUUGGGGUUAUAAACUGAGUAACAGGACCUAAGCAAUAACCAGUCAGCAUAGUCAGGCUUAAUUGUACUGUAGCAAAAGUGGUAACCUGACACUGCAAAGAUGAGGACUAAGUGGUAGGAUUGUCCACUAUCGCUGUGUACUGUAAUGGUUAUAACCUUUCAGGCUUUGACUGCGUGUAUUCAUCACACUUUCUGGAAUUUCUUUUUACCUAUUUUAGUUUCUUUUUUCCUCCUGUCUGAAGCCAGGAAUGGUUAGGGCAGGAUUCUUGUUUAUAGUUUGGUUAAAAGCAUUCAUACUGGCAUUAAAUGGCUUUGUGGACAGAGCGUGUUCUUAUUUUGAUUAGUACCCUCCCUCUGAGCUUCAUUCCUUUUCAUAUUUUUUUCAGGGUUACUUAAGUUUGAUUGAGUCUGAUUAUUCAUUCUAUAUUUCAAAUACUCCAGAUAGUGGUCAACAGUGAAUGUUUAUUAAAUGAUGUACUGUAUGCUGCUAUCUGCGUGCUCAUGUAACGCUAGCUACAUUUCCACAAGUUGUAAUAAACUCGUUCUGCUUCUCUAA